UUCUCACAACCUCGACUCGCUUUCUGCAAUAAGAUCUAUGCAAACUUUUUCUUAUUAAAAAAUUUUUCUUUCUUUUUCUGUUUUUUGGUGGGAGUGAUUCUGGACUGCGGGACCACACAGAGACCACCAGAAACUUCUCUGCUGCCGGCAAGGCAAGAGGUCUUGCUCUAAAUCAGCGUACUUUAACUUUUGAGGAAUUUACUGGCCGAGGCUGGACUUCCUGUGAAUAACGUCAAGAAGAACGUGAGGAAGGACCAUGCUGACUGUGCAAAACGUCCAACUCCUGCUUCUCCUCUUCUUCCUUCUCCGCCUGGCCCGGUCCCUCAACCCCCGAGACCCCAACGUGUGCAGCCUGUGGGAGAGCUUCACCACCUCUGUCAAGGAGUCGUACUCGCAUCCUUAUGACCACGUGACCGAGGAGCCCUGCUCGGACCCGAGGACCAGCUACAGAUGCCCACGUCACAGGAUCACCUACAAGACGGCCUACAGGCAGGCUGUGAAGACCGACUACCGUAAGCGCUACCAGUGCUGCCCGGGCUACUACGAGAGCCGCGACAAGUGUGUUCCACGCUGCACCAAGGAGUGCGUCCACGGCCGUUGCGUGGCUCCAGACCGAUGUCAGUGCGAGGGAGGAUGGCGAGGCGACGACUGUUCUAGCGCCUGCGGUGACAGACAGUGGGGUCCACGCUGCAGUCAGCCUUGCAAAUGCCAGAACGGAGCCCUCUGCGAUGCGGUCAAGGGGGCGUGUCUUUGCUCGCCGGGUUUCAUCGGACGCUUCUGCGAGGAGGCGUGUCCCGCCGGCACCUUCGGGAAGGGCUGUCUGCAGAAGUGCAAGUGCGGGACGGGAGGCUCAUGCGAUAAAGCGAGCGGGGAGUGCUUGUGUCGCGACGGCUUCACCGGCACCUUUUGUGAGAAGACGUGCUCCAGGAAGUGCCCGGCGCGGUGUCCCUGUCAAAAUGGAGGCAUCUGCAGGGGGAAAGGCAUUUGUGCUUGUCCUCCUGGAUGGACGGGUUCCGUUUGCACGGAGCGAUGUCCCGAGGGAAGAUACGGACCCAAUUGUGCCGAGGAGUGCGUGUGCCACAAUCGAGGCAAAUGUGACCCUGAGACCGGCCAGUGCAAAUGUGCCAAAGGUUUCACUGGUAACAGGUGUAACGAGGAGUGCGCCGUGGGCUCGUAUGGUCAGGACUGCGAUGGCGCGUGCGACUGCGCCAACGGCGCUCGCUGCUACAACAUCGACGGAGGCUGCCUGUGCGAGCCGGGAUUCAGUGGUCCCAGCUGUAAGGACAGGAUGUGCGCUCACGGCAAAUACGGCAUGCACUGCGAGCGUGCCUGUCUCUGCCAGGAUGAGCACACGCUCAGCUGCCACCCAAUGAAAGGCGAAUGCACGUGCCAAGCAGGCUGGGCCGGGCUGUACUGCAACGAAACCUGUGCCCGCGGUUUCUAUGGCAACGGCUGCCUGGAGCCUUGCUUGUGUGUCAAUGGAGGUGUGUGUGACGGCGCAAGCGGGCAGUGCCAGUGUACACCUGGCUAUACGGGUGUUCAUUGCGAGAGUCCUUGUAAAAGCGGCACCUACGGCAAGAACUGUUCCCUGGAAUGUUCCUGUAAGAACUUCGUGGACUGCUCGCCGAUUGACGGGGCCUGUUUCUGUAAAGAAGGCUGGCGAGGACCAGACUGCUCCGUGCCCUGCUCGGAGGGAACAUGGGGCCGAGGAUGCAACGCCACCUGUCAGUGCGCCAACAGGGCGAAAUGCAGCGCCGCGGAUGGAUCCUGCACUUGCACAGCCGGCUGGCAGGGGGCGCACUGCGACCAGUCGUGCCCGAUGGGCUCGUUUGGGCCGGGCUGCCUGAAGAGGUGCGACUGCGUCCACGCUGAUGGUUGCCUAGCGACCACAGGGGAGUGCCACUGCCUGCCAGGCUGGUGGGGCCCGCGCUGCAGUGAAGCGUGCUCAGAGGGCCUGUGGGGGCGCCACUGCAACCAGACCUGCUUCAAGCACUGCCCCAACAGCGACACGUGCGUACGGGAAACGGGGUCCUGCGUGUGUCGCCCAGGCUACUGGGGGGUUACCUGUCAGAACAAAUGCCGAUCUGGCACAUACGGGGACCAGUGCAGUUUGUCCUGCCCGUCCUGCGGCCAGUCGUACCGCUGCCACCAUGUGACCGGAGAGUGCGACUGCCUUCCUGGAUACACGGGACGUGACUGCCAUGAAGUAUGUCCGUCCGGCUACUACGGCAAGCAGUGUUCUGAGGUGUGCGUCCGCUGUGCCAACAACGCCACGUGCGACCACAGAGAUGGUCAAUGCCAGUGUCUGCCCGGCUGGACGGCCACCGACUGCUCCAUACCAUGCAGUCCAGGACGUUUUGGCACAUUCUGCUCUCAAUCUUGCGCCUGUCCCGCCAGUUUCCUGUGCGACAGGGUCACGGGCGACUGCGUGUGUGACACGGGAGACUGUCAACAAGACCCGUCUGAGCCAGGCAGCGUCAUGGUUCCUCUUCCCCCCGGAGAGAGGGAGUCGUGGGCAGCCAUCAGUGGCGUGGUGGCGCUGGUCAUCCUGGUGGUCCUGCUGCUGGUGCUGCUGCUGCUCUACCGGCGGCAGCAGAAGGCCAAGCAGAACAACACGCCCACCGUCUCCUUCUCCACCAGCCGCACGGUCAACUCGGAAUACGCCGUUCCAGAUGUUCCACACAGCUACCACCACUACUACUCCAACCCCAGCUACCACACGCUGAGGGACAACCGGCCCCCGCUGCCUCACCUCCCAAACAACCACGAGCGCACCAUCAAGAACACCAACAACCAGCUGUUCUGCAGCAUGAAGAACAUGGAGCGAGACCGGCACGGCCUCUUCGGGGUGGAGAGCAACGCCACGCUGCCUGCGGACUGGAAACACCACGAAGGUCGCAAAGAGCCAGGAGCGUUUGGAAUUGAUCGGAGCUACAGCGCCAGCAUGGGCAAAUACUUCAACAAAGAACUGAAGGAUGCGGCGAUGGCGAGCAGUAGCUCUCUGAACAGCGAGAAUCCUUACGCCACCAUCAAGGACCUACCCGGACCACCUUUCUGUCCCCCGGAGAGCAGCUACAUGGAGAUGAAGGCCGCCGUGCCGAGAGAGCGAGCGUACACCGAAAUCAGCCCGCCGCCGCUUUUCAACGCCUCGUCUUUACGCAGAGAGCGCCAGAAUUCCGUUGGCCACGCCCCCGUGGAAGACCCCCACAGCCACUACGACCUCCCAGUCAACAGCCACAUCCCGGGACACUAUGACCUACCUCCCCUCCGCCGCCCUCCGUCUCCCAGGAGAACCCCCCAGUGACGAUGGAGAGUCCGUGCAGGUCACAGCAGCUCGGAGCGCCUCCAUGGUACCGCUGAAGACUCAAUGCCGCCGCCGUGUGGAGCACGCUAGGACUCCAUGCAGUAAGGUGCAAGUGGAUGGGGCUCUAAUGCCCCCUCCCAAUCUGGAAAGACUUUGAAAGGGAGGAUGUCUGGAAUGUUUGAAUCCACUCCAAAUAAAAAACGCUAUCUUUUGUUUGCCACGCUCGCCGUGCAUGUUCGCACGUUUGUUCGCACGUUUCCUUUUUUCAGGAUCACAAGGACUUUCAAGGUUGCAGUUUUUUGAUGUAAAUGUGUACUUUUUUUUUUAUUUUAAACCAACUGUGGAUGUUUGUACAAUUACUUUGAAGAAAUAUUUUUAAAUGAUGCACUUUACAAACAAACUGCAAACCCUCUUGGAUUACAUUUGCACAACACAAUUUGUACCACGCUGUCGCACAACGAAGAGCGGUUAGCAUGUUUGGCGACACACUCAGGAGAUCCGGAAGACCUGGGUUCGAAUCUCUGCUUCUUUGUGUGGAGUUUGCAUGUUCUCCCCGUGCAUGCGUGGGUUUUCUCCGGUUUUACUCCGGUUUCCUCCCACAUUCCAAAAACAUGCUAGGUUAAUUAGCCACUCCAAAUUGUCCAUAGGUAUGAAUGUGAGUGUGAAUGGUUGUUUGUCUAUAUGUGCCCUGUGAUUGGCUGGCCCCCCGAAGACAGCUGGGAUAGGCUCCAGCAUACAACUGCGACACGAAUGUGUAUAAACAUGGAAAAUGAAUGGAAUUUGUACCACUUAAAGACUUUAAAGCAGUUACCGUGUUUCCUCAUAUAGUGAAUGUUUAGUUACUCAACAGCAGAGACUACCGGGCCUCUAAGCCACCCAUUUUGGGGGUUGAUUGAUUUAUUAACCCCAUCUUCCCACAUGAAUAAUCUUAGUUAUAUAAAACAGAAUAUUCAUAUACGUGUUGUGCAUUAUAUUACUGCCUCUGCUUUUGCGCAUUUGUGGCUUUUUGAUAGAAUUUUCGUGAAAUGUUAUUUCUUCAAUUUGAUAAUAAAAAUAAAAAUAAUAAAUAAAAAUGGAACCAGGGGCCACAAAUGGCCACCAGGCAUACAUCAAAUUUGAAUUAUUCCCAUCCAAGACCACAUUGACCGGCUUAAAAAAACACUUUUGGCUAAAAGUUUACACUUCUGGACUAUUUGAGGAAAUACGGUAAAUGAUCGACCGAGUGCCAUUUGUAGGACACGCCCCAUUUAGCUGCUGUGCGUCAAUCAAAGCUUCCCGUACCAACAGGGCGCCGUCAUAGCUUGUAUUCACUUGAGAAACAUUAACAUAAAUAUUUGUCCCGGAAAAAUGUGUACAAUGUGUUACACGACGACGGGUUGUGUCUUUAAUUUGACUCUUAAUGAAACGAAUUAGAGUACAAACUAAUAUCUGCUUGUUAAGUCACCGUUCACCUACGGAUGCCAGCGAGGUGCAAAACUCAUUCAAUUUAAUUUCGUAUAAAAGUGACAACGAACUAAAAAUUAGUCGUUUAAUUUUUAGUUUUAUUGUGAGAAAGCAAAACGCAACACGUCUUUAUGACCAUACGUUCAGUCGUAGCGGGUUUGGAGCCUUUAACCAGCUGUGUGUGUUGGCUAGCUAAUGUUAGCUAACUAGAUUUAACACAAGAAGCAAGGCAAUUAUUUUAGAAAUGAGGGCAUUUCUUACCUUGCAGCAGACAAAGGUGUGCUUCUUCAUUCAUGAACUGCCCUUCGACCAUGAAGCUUUAUCCACAUUUUGGGUUUAGGACACAAAAACAAUAACCUUUCUCCCCCAAGUUCUAUGUGUUGUCGCCCAACAAGGUUUAGCAAUGACGACAUUUGUAAAUGAGGCGGGGACUGCUCUGCGAUUGGUCAAUGUGUUUCCGUGGGUGGAGCUUAUGUAAAGUUAAUUAUGCAAAAAGACAACACCUGUGUAUGUCCUAUAUCCACAAAUGUUAACAUGUAUAUUUGUAAAUAAAAAAGCCAUUAUGAACUUGCUGUGUAUUAAAAAAAAUGAAGACAAUCACUUGCUGCGAGAAAAACUUUUUUUAUCUUGGAAAGAAAGCCCAAAAUACAACAUUCAUCACCUCUAUAUGGCUUUGCUCAUGACAUGAAUGGAGACAUCUGAAUGAUAUCACACCUAUGAUUCCAAAUAUGGAGGCAAAAUGUUCAAUGAAUAACAUCAACCUGACACCGAGGAUGACUUGAAAUAUUUCAGUCUGAAAAAAAGCUCCAAUGAUUACACCGAGAUUUGAUGAUGAUUGAUGAUUUUGAUGAUUUUCUACUCUUCGGUGAUGAUUGUAAGGCACUUUUGGGAACAAAAAAUAAUAUAUCGUCGAUGAAGCGUCAUAGUAAAGAGAAACAAAAAAAACAAAAAAAACACAGCCAUCAAGUAUUUUCCAUAAAUGCUUUGCUAUGCUUCACUACAGUACAAAAUAUUCCAUGAAGUAGGAAAAAGCCCAUCCCGCCAUGCAACAAGAUUCCCGGGAAAAAGAGCCACGCAAGCCGGCAAAGACGUCUGAAGGCACCUUGGCAGUUUGAAUGAUUAAAAAAAAAAAAAAAAAAAAAAAA